UGUGUGUGUGUGAGUGAGUGUGUGACGUAUGGAGCUGAAAUGGUGUAAUCAGUAAUGUUAAUGUGGUGCCGUUUGGACACUUCUGAUUAGAUGCAGAAGUUUUAGUAUUGAGUGAAAUUAAGCUGCCAUGCCAAAGUGAAUUAAAAUGAUUUUGGAGUUUUGCUGGUGUACAGUGAUAAUUGCAUCGGCCGUCUGUGCUGACACUGAUAUGACGGCCGCAUUAAGGAGAUUUAGCCAACCUCCUCUCUGGUCACUUCUUUGUCCAACCCUCAGUGCUCUGUGUCUUUGCCUCCACUGCAGAGUCACAGCAGCUUGUAUCACCUAAUUCAAUAAAUGUGAAUGAACUACAAUGAACAGCAUUUUCAUCUAGGUGUUAGAUUAAUUUUAAAUGUGAUUUGUCAGGAUACAGCAGUAAUGUUGUUUAUUUGCAGAUUAAGUGAGAUAAAACUUAAAGCUGCUCUGGGAUGGAAUCAUUUAGUAUAAUCAACAAAAUCUUAUUUCAUAUCCUUGAACUUCGAGGCACUCAUCACGGGACCAGAGGCUGUAACAGAAGUCUAAGAGCUUCGUGUAGUCGUAUUGAAAAUGCAUAUGUAGCUUUGACCUGCAGGUUACACAGUGGCACGGCUAUCGUUCUGUCAUACUUAUUUUACCAUAGUACAAAUCCAUGUUAAGUGCUAUGUGUUUACACUCUGACUCUGAGAGAUCAACAAGGACAAUGGGAGCUGUAGGACAAUCGAUAUAUGUCAGCCCCACCUUAGUGGUCUCGUAUGUAGUACGAUGUUAAAUGAAUAUGAUAGAUGGUGAUUUCACUGUUUUUGACCUUUUGUGCCUUCUUUACCAUCCAGUCACAUUUAUGAUGUAAGGUGAUGUUGUACGAGAUGAUUGCUUUUUAAAAAUAUAUGGAUAGGAGAGAGAGAAAGUGAGAUAUAUAGAUGUAUAAAGAUUAUAUCUGUAUACCUCUGUCUAUAUAGAGAGAUCUAGAGAUAGAUAUAGAUAUCUAAAUACAUAGAUAUGCUAGAGAUGUAGAUGGAGAGCGAUAGAGGUCUAGAGAUAUAAAGAAAGGCAGAUAUAGAUAUCUAUAUGUGUCUAUAUAGCUCUAUAGAGAGAGAGAUCGAUCUAUCUAUGCUAUUUCUGUUCACCUUAAAAUUCUUUACAUCACAAUUUUCUUGCAGAUUAGCCUAAUAGCGCCUGUAUUUCUCUGAAAGGACUCGUGUACCAACCCAAACCUGGCUUCUUCACCUAAGCUGUCACCUUCACCUGCCUGCUGCUGUACUCAUGUUUAAAAAUACCAUUUGCAGGGUUCUAUUUGUAAGAGGUAGAACAAAGUAGUUGUUGCUACUUUAUUUUUGUUCUGUGCUUUUUGCAUAUUUACAUGAGAGUUGUAGGAGAUGAAGUGAUUAAUCGGUGUCUUGAAUGUAAUGGCGAACAGCCUGCCACUUUCUUUACCGUGCUCUGGAUAAACCACCAGGCCAAACACCUUUUAAUGUAGAUAUAAACUCCCUGCUUAUGCUGGUACAUUGCUGUUUAGACUGAAAUCAGCAGGAGCCCAGGCAUGGAGGAGGGAGGGAUGCUGGGAAGCAGUGAAAGGUGAAUCAGCCUCCACCUUUGUUUCCAAGUGGCCCCGCUGGCUUUGUUUUGGAGCAGAAUGAAUUAUUAACGGUGGCCUUCUGGUCGUGUUUUUCAUCAGUGUCCACCUCCAAAGGUAAAGAGUGCUGUGAUGAGAGAUCUCCAUUGACUGGCUCCUCCCAUAGUGACAGCACAACUGUCUACCUGAACUUCACUUGAUCUAUUUUUGUUCUUUUUUUUUUAGUUUAUUGACCUGUUUCAGUAGAAACUAGUCUCAUUUUGACUCGAGCAUGCUGACUUCUAUAUUUAGUCAAAUUGUAACACUUUUCUAGAGUAGGGCUAACAACAUAGUGUUACCAAAUAAAUACUGCAUUCUGUAUGAUGUUAUUUCCCACUGCCUGUCUUUGCAACCUUAAGUCAAAGUUAAUUGUGGUGCACUUUUUGAUAGAUGUGCGUGUUGCUCUCUCAAAGAUUAUUAGUUGAGUAAUGUAAGGUAGGACUUGAUGUCACCUUAAAAAUGAGGGUUUAGACAUUACGCUACUAUUAAAGUCAAACAGUAAAAUUGAUUUAAUAAUCAUGAAUGAUGUCAUAGUUUAUAGAUUUUAAUUAUUGACUAAUAUAAACAGAAAUAUUUAGCUACAAUGAGAAACUCUUAAGUUCUGUUUUGAUGCCAUGAGCUAUAAUCUGUUCGAAGUCAUCAAGUCUGUGCACGCCUUUCUUCAGCUUUUAUGUCCUGUCAUAAGCUGCUGCAUUACUGAAGAAAUGAAAUCGCAGGAGCUCCUAUUAUUAUAAGAUCAUACACAUUUACCAUUAUAUCUGAAUAGCAGUUUUUCUUGAAGGUGCGUUCCCCCAGUUUUAUUCAGGUGAUGCAUUUGUUUGUUCUUUCGCUCUGUGUGGGUUUGGCCUAUUGUAGAUUUUUAUUAUUAUUUUUUUUAAUAUAACAGUCUCCAAAAACUCAUAUUGAGCUGGCUCAUAUACUUCACAGUAACCGUGCUCUCUCGCUGACUUAUUUCAGUCCAUGCCGUGGUCGCUCCUUUCAGACCUUAAUGUGCAUCAGUUUGUUUUCCAGAGUAAUUAAAGUUGUUUUCUAGAUAAGUGCAGUGUAACAACUGUCAAAAUGACCACUCCUCAAUGACUUUAAUUGUUUCUCUGAGUUAAAAACAAAUCAGUAAUAUUAACAAAGUUUCAGUUUUGUAUGCACGAUGUUGGCCAGUUUCUUUCCAUCCACUCUUUAGAUGAGCCAAUUUACUGUCACUUGAUCCCUUUCAGGAUGCUCCCAACUGGCUGAAAUACCUGGCAACUGUAACUAAGGGGCAGAGAUAAGUGUGCUAAGCUGUUGGUAAAUAAAGAAAAGAAACAUGAAGAACCUGGAGUCUGUUUGGAUAAUGCAGAAGAUGCAUUUUCCAAUCAUUAAGAUGUUUCUUAUCAUACUGGAGGGACCAUUUUCAAAAAAAAGACCGGGACUCCGACUGGGACUUUUCUUCUCUUUAUGCUGCUAGAGUGGAUUCCCUUUUGUUGUACCGUCAGUGUUUUGUUCAGGCGACAGACGUACUGAGAGAAGAGUUGGAGGCGCUGCUAUAGGACCCCCUCCACAACACUUGAAAGGACUAAGGCAACUUGGAAAAUCUGCGGCUGCAUUAAGCACUUGAGGACAGGGUCCCGAGCCCUUCUAGGUGCUGCCAGAUUUUCAAGAAUACCACAAUGAAAAUGGAAGUGUCGAGUUUUGUUGGAUAAAUAAGCCGACUGUCGAUUCAUUCCCAAAGCCCUCUCUGCAAGUGUCUGCGACAGGAUUGCUGUGGAGUCAAAGUGAUUGGAGCGCUGAGUUAUUCAGGUGGCCUCUCAUUUCUCCUGGAAAGUCCUCACGUCUGCCUGCAUGGGAGUCUGACAUCAAACACUUUCAUCAGCCGCUCGACUCUUACGUUGGUUUGUCUUUUUCACAACUUGCAGUCCAGAACACUGAGAGGCAAGUUUGCACAUUUGGAUUUAAACUUCACAUUGUUGGCAGACGUCAUCUGGACGUUGGGAUGCUUUACCUCAUGCUGCCUAGGGAUGCCUUGUAAACACAUUUUCCCUCACCACCGUGUGCGCUGAGAGAGCUGUGACAUUAUCUCCCGCGGAGAUCCCAUGUUGUUCUAGCCCGUGUCUGUGUUUUGAUUCAGACAAUAGCUGGGCAUACACGGGCUCCAGACACUGACCGGAGGACCACCAAAAUAAGGGAAGCCUGCAGUUACAUAGUAAACACUCUGGCACACAGUGAAACUUUGGAUUGUAAUAAAGGUUUGAUUUAAACAAAUGUAUUUAAUUAUACAUCGAGAGAGACGCUGAUGUUUUAAUUAAACAUAGCGAUCACCCAAAAUGUGUUUUGGAGCCACAACGGCACCCAGAAAAUCUCAGCUGUUCUGGAGGAGUGGAAUAGAAACAACAUGCUCCAUAUUUGUUUGAGCUCUUUAGUGAAGUGAGUGGAGCAUUGGACUCUGUGCUUUAACCUUGUGUGAUUUCCUCCCUCGCAUCAUCUUUGCUCUCUGCCCUUGCGAGGACACCUCCUGCCCUCAGCCUCCUGGUGGCAACUCUCAUUUAAAUCAGACGAUGAGGCCACCGACUGCAAGGCAAAGCGGCAAAUAAGCUCACCGCUGGGAUACGUGCUGGCCGAAGCUUUAGGUUUACUGAGGGAAUGCACCUUUCUUCGUACUACUGACCGCUGCCCACCCACUACUUUCACUGACCAUGCAUUAUUGGAAAGGAGAGCCGAACGGGUUGUCCUACGCUGCUGGCAGCUGCAUUGAUUUUCCUCCAGUCUGCGUUCAUUUGAUCGAGGCCCAGCAGCGAUAUGAGAGUAAGGCGAACGAGAGCGUGGGCACGCUAGGGAGGAUAUUGAGCUCUGUGAACUGAGAUUGGCUGCAGACGCCUGGCAAAAAACAGGAGGGAGACGGGCCGAUCUCCAAUUUCGACCCAGCUGCCUUUAUGGGUGACACGCCGCAGUCCUGACCCACCUGGACGGCACCCAGAACAAUGAACCAGUCUGAACUGACGACAGACCCUUCGAUCACUGCCAACAUCAGCCAUGGAGACUCCUUUCCUGGCAGGGCCUCGAACCACUCCUGUCCCUUGGGCUGGGGGCUGAAUGGAGGCCUGGAUGCUUGUAUUCUGGAGACCGCUGUCAUCGUGCUGCUAACUGUACUAAUUAUUGCUGGGAACUUGACGGUGAUCUUUGUGUUCCACUGUGCCCCUCUGCUGCACCACUACACCACCAGCUACUUCAUCCAGACCAUGGCCUACGCCGAUCUGCUGGUGGGGCUCAGCUGCUUGGUUCCCACCCUGUCGUUACUCCACUACCCAACCAGUGUCCAGGAGCCAGUCACAUGCCAAGUUUUCAGCUAUGUCAUCUCUGUUCUGAAGAGUGUUUCAAUGGCCUGCUUGGCCUGUAUCAGUGUGGACCGGUACCUGGCUAUAACGAAGCCGCUGUCCUACAACCAGCUGGUGACUCCGUGCCGUCUACGAGGCUGCAUCACUCUCAUCUGGGUCUAUUCCAGCCUGAUUUUCUCGCCCUCCUUCUUUGGUUGGGGUAAGCCGGGCUAUCACGGGGAUAUUUUUGAGUGGUGCGCACACUCUUGGCCCACCUCCGCCCUCUUCACAGGCUUUGUGGUGUGCUUGCUCUAUGCGCCUGCUGCCCUUGUGGUCUGCUUUACCUAUUACCACAUCUUCCGCAUUUGUCAGCAACACAACAGGGAGAUCAGCGAACGACGUGCACGUUUUCCCAGCCAGGAGAUGGAGGCCGGUGAAGGGAAUGGUGGCGGGCAUCAUGGGGGGCACGGGCCGGAUCGGCGCUACGCGAUGGUACUCUUUCGCAUUACCAGUGUUUUCUAUAUGCUUUGGCUGCCCUACAUAAUCUACUUUCUUCUAGAAAGCUCCCACGUGCUGGACAGCCCUGCCCUCUCCUUCAUAACAACUUGGCUGGCCAUUAGCAACAGCUUUUGCAACUGUGUCAUCUACAGCCUGUCUAAUAGUGUGUUCCGGCUGGGCAUGCGUAGGCUCUCGCAGACCAUUUGCUCCUUCAGCCACUGUGCUGCAGAUGACCGGGACUUUGGCGAGCCUAAACCAAGAAAGAGGGCAAACUCGUGCUCCAUCUGAAGCCAUGUCUCCUACAGGAUGAGGAAAUACGAAUCCCAGCAUGCUUAGCAGCUAGUUAACUCGUAGUUAAAUUGGCAGGGCUCAGUGGAUAACUGUAUCAACCUUUUUAGCUGAUAACUGUGACAUUAUCUUGGGCACUGGUAAUUGCAUUAAAAGCCUUUCAAGGAGAUGAAUGCAGCAUCUCAACUGAGAUUUCAAGUGAAAUGGGCGCUCUGUGGUGGCUUUUACUCUACAUUACAGCGAAGGCUCUCUUAGCCUUUACAUCUCUGUGCACAUCAUCAAUGAGAUCGGAUCUACCGGAAAGACAAAACUGUAAAUGCCAAAACAUUCAUAGAUAUCUCCUCACAAAUCAAAUGUGACCAUGCCGUUUCAUGUCUGUUAACCUUUGCUAGUGGUUGUGAUUCAGAGCAACCGUCUAAUGGAUGUCUUCAUGCUCUUUGUGUCUGUCAUCAGUAGAUACAGUGUAAUCUACAGUAGUGCUCACAAACCUGUUUAAAGGUUCUAAGUGGAUAUUAGACGUAUCCAUAUAAAUGUUACACAUACGACAGUGACAGCAGCCAGUGUGCUGCUGUGACAAAUAAGACGGUAUAUGGCUUUGACUGUUUUCAAGAAGGAAGUGAGCAGAUGGAGUUAUGUCAGGUGUCCCCCCCGCCCC